AUGCAGCGGGGCAGGGCGGGGGCAGGACACCCCUGGGGAAAGCCGCUGCAGGAGGACCCCAGCCUGGCCUUCCUCCAGGACUUCAGCAAGCCCAGAAACACUCGCCUGAACUUGCUCUUGCUCCCGCAGCCCACGGAGACGGAACGCUGCAUCGAGUCGCUGCUCGCAGUCUUCCAGCGGUACGCGGGGAGAGAAGGGGACAACUGCACGCUCUCCAAGAGGGAGUUCCUGGCCUUCAUGAACACCGAGCUGGCUGCCUUCACGAAGAAUCAGAAGGACCCAGGUGUCCUGGACAGGAUGAUGAAGAAACUGGAUCUGAACAGUGAUGGGCAGCUGGACUUCCAGGAGUUCCUGAACCUCAUCGGGGGCAUUGCGGUGGCCUGCCACCAGAGCCUGGUUGUUACGGCCCCAACCCCGUGA